AUGGCGCCCGCUAACCUCCCCUCCAUCUUCAAUGCCACGAGCACCGAUAUUGAGCAGCUCCUUGCUGCUCAGUGCCACAUCGGCUCCAAGAACCUCGGUGUUCACAUGCAGCCUUACCUCUGGAAGACUCGCGCCGACGGUGUCAACAUCUUGAACGUUGGCAAGACCUGGGAGAAGAUCGUCCUUGCUGCCCGCAUCAUCGCCGCCAUCGACAACCCGGCCGACAUCUGCGUUAUCUCUGCCCGUCCCUACGGUCAGCGUGCCGUCCUGAAGUUCGCCGCCCACACCGGUGCUCAGGCCAUCGCCGGUCGCUUCACCCCCGGUUCUUUCACCAACUACAUCACCCGCUCUUUCAAGGAGCCCCGCCUCAUCAUCGUCACCGACCCCCGCACUGAUGCCCAGGCCAUCAAGGAGGCUUCCUACGUCAACAUCCCCGUCAUUGCCCUCUGCGAUGCCGACUCGCCCACCGAGUACGUCGAUGUUGCCAUCCCCACCAACAACAAGGGUCGCCACGCCAUCGGCUGCGUCUGGUGGAUGCUUGCCCGUGAGGUCCUCCGCCUCCGCGGUACCAUCUACAACCGCGAGACCCCCUGGGACGUCAUGGUCGAUCUUUACUUCUACCGCGACCCCGAGGCUGAGGCCGAGGAGAAGGUUGAGGAGGAGAAGCUCCCUGGUGUUGAGGAGGAGGGUGUUGCCGCCAUUGAGUCUGGCUUCCCCGCCACUGGUGACUGGGAGGCUGCCCCCGCUGGCUUCCCCGCCACCGGUGAGUGGUCCGAUGCCGCUCCCGGUGCCGCUGCCCCCAACUGGGACGCUACUGCCCCUGCCACCACUGCUGACUGGGCCGCCACCGAGGCCAAGGAGUCCAGCUGGUAA